AUGGCGCGAUUUGACGCAGAGCUCCGAAAAUCGGCACCGAACAAACAUCUUGGGGACGGUUUUGACUCCAGGUUCGGUUUUGACAAGCGAUUCCCAAGUCGCGUAUCAGAGUUUUCUGUCGUUACCAAACCAUCAAUGAACGCGGAAGAUGGGCCGCGCCUAUGGACAGUCCUUCCCGCUCUUCAAGUUCCCGUGGACAGACCAACUUUUUCGCGUCGAAUGAAUGAAUUUUUGUUCUUUGAACUGCUCAGGCAACUCCAACAACCAUCCGAGAGUAGGAGGAAAGCUACUGUACUGCGUGGCGUCCCGCAAGCAUCUCGGCUCCUACAUGCAAUGUUUGCAAUGUUUGCCUUGUUGUCUUUUUUGUUCCCCGUCGGUGCCGAAUUCCCGCCAUUGCUGGAAUUUUCUUGGCGCGAAAGGUGGUCUCGGCAAUCCAGUUCGGACCUUCGUGCAAGGUGUAAGCUCGGGGUUGGGCCCGAGAUAAAGGCGAUUUCUUGA